UCGCUUAGCAAUCAAGCCGGUUUGAAGCCCUCUGCAGAAGGCGAGGUGGCGUGUUGUCUGCUGUACAGCCAGGUGCUGCGUUGCAACGGGUAGCAUGGCAGCGGUGCUCUUUCGACUCAUUCCGAGGGAUUUCAGGCUCGUUCCUCGUGAAGUCCGGCACCAAGCGUCCAAAUGGCAUUUGAGACGAAAUCUGCAUGUCUCACGCACUGCAAGCAGUAUUCCACGUCGUCCGGUGGCAUCACACGUGCGAGCCCGUCUGCCUGCAUUACGGCCCUUGCACACCAGCCCGUGGCUACAGGAAGUUGUGGCAUUCAAGCUCUCUGACAUCGGCGAGGGUAUCAGCGAAGUGACAAUCAAAGAAUGGUACGUCAAGCUCGGCGACACGGUCAAUCAGUUUGACAGCAUCUGUGAAGUGCAGAGCGACAAGGCGUCAGUUACUAUAACAAGCCGCUACGAUGGCCGAAUCAAGAAGCUGUACCAUGAAGUCGAUGACAUCUGCAAGGUUGGGUCUCCGCUCGUCGACAUCGAGGUUGACGACGACUCCCUGAGUUCGUCGGAUGAUGAUGAAGUCCAGGACCAGGACAUCAAAUCUCAGCGCAGUGAUGAACAGUCCUCGGCGCCCGUAACCAGUGAGCCUGGUGAUGGACAAGGAGACAAAGUGCUCACAACGCCUGCAGUUCGUCGGAUAGCCAUGGAGAACAAUAUACGUCUUACUGAUGUUACGGGCACUGGCAAGGAUGGACGUAUCCUGAAGGAAGAUGUCCUGCGCUACAUUGAGCUCAAGCAGGCACCAAAACCAUCAGCACCAGCGAAGGCAGCUACACCUGCAGCUGCUUUGAAGCAGGCAGCACCGACGCCAGCUCCAGUCCCUCAGAAGCCAGUUACAGUCAAGACCCUGAGAGCUGUUGAAGACCGUGUUGAGCAGGUGAAGGGUAUCCGCAAAGCCAUGGCCAAGACUAUGGCACAGUCUCUGGCCAUCCCACACUUUGGCUACUGCGACGAGAUCAACGUUACGCGACUUGUGGAGCUGCGGCCAGUACUCAAGCCACUUGCUGACCGCAUGGGCGUACGGCUGUCCUUUAUGCCUUUCUUUGUGAAGGCACUGUCCGUGUCACUGUUCGAGUACCCCAUCCUCAACGCUUAUGUGGAUGAGAAAGUUGAGAAUAUCACGAUUAAGGGCUGCCACAAUGUUGGCAUCGCCAUGGACACCCCAAAUGGCCUUGUGGUACCCGUUGUGAACACGGAGUCCAAGAACAUCAUGGAGAUUGCUGCCGAUCUCAACCGGCUCCAGAAUUUGGGUGUGGCAGGGCAGCUGCAGCAGGAUGAUCUCUCUGGUGCCACCAUCACGUUGUCCAACAUUGGCGCGGUUGGUGGAACUUAUGCCAAACCUGUCAUUGCUAGACCAAUGGUGGCCAUUGGAGCAAUUGGAACAAUUCAGAAGCUGCCACGAUUUGAUGCCAACGACAAUGUAAUAAAGGCGCACAUCAUGCAAGUCAGUUGGUCUGCCGAUCACAGAGUCAUCGACGGUGCAACUAUGUCACGCUUUUCGAACUUGUGGAAGAUGUACCUGGAGACACCUGCGAUGAUGCUGGUCCACCUCAAAUAGACCUCAGUUAUUGUGCAAAUGUACAGUCUGUGACUGUUCACAAAAUCAAGGAACAGUCCUGGACUGGAUGGCAUUGCUGCUACGUGUCCUGCACUAUCGCCUAUGGAGCACUUGUGAAUGGCAUUGGCUUCUGGACGCGAGUUACACACCAUUAUCCAAUGAGGAAUGGUCAGCUACACACGGAUGGCAUUUCUUGCAAUGCCUUCUCCGCUGCAAUGUCCAGGCCAGAGAAAACCAGGGCACCUCGGUGCCUGCUAGGCAAAGGGCUUCAAGUGGCAGUGAUCGAGUGUUGUAUCCAGCAGAUAAGCAAGGUUGGUAACGAAAGCUUUUCAGGACCGAAACGUGCACUUUCCAAGUGUAAGUUGCCAAUCUUCUGGACUACCAACUAUCUAGCGUCUGCCAUUGUAGGGACUUUGUUGAAAGCAAGUCAACAUUUAAAAACGUCUUGAAGCAGAUGCAUACCGUUGUUUACUAUCACCUGCUACUGUGACUCUCGGUGCAGGUAACGCUUUUCAGCAGUCGCAUCUUACCAUGUUGAAGUGAGUGAUGCAAAUAAUUUAAUUCAACGUGCUUUCAUAAAUGUGCAUGUCAAAUUUAAUGUAAUUUCUUGUUUCCUCUUGCUGUCAAGUCUUGAUAAAAUGUUGAAGUACAAAAGGAUUUGUUAAUCUCCAAAUGAGACUUAAAUUCUGCUUUUUAGUUUCAUGCCAUUCGCAGAAAAUAGCCUCUUUGAUAAACAUGUCAGCUGGUGGUUCCUUUGCUGUGCACUGUAAUGUACCAAGCAGUACAGAAUGUUAACUUCUAGAGCUUUAUGUUGCGCAUGCUGUGCUGAACUGGCAGCGUGCAAGUGCUUACAGGUGGAAUGAAUGAAAUGCAUGUAAAUGAUCAAGUUUUUAAUGCAUUGUGUAGCUAGACAUGGUAUGCGUGCUUUUGUGGCACCAACUCUUUAAUUUGGCAUGACAGGUGGCAAAUGUUGAGCUGUAAUGUAAUGACGCAUUAAGCUGUUAAGUUGUUUGUUGAUGCUGUAUUGUACACUUGACCAGCAUCUCACAGCUUUGUCUCAGCCUCAGUAUUCCUCUAUCCCACAACAUGAUCCAUACACUGGCAUGCCUUUAAAGGAAAUGUAGUUUUCUUUACUGCAUUAUUUAAGUCUAUAUCUUGUGUUCACAAAGGUGUCGUUAGACAUACACAUAUUAAAGAUCAUCUCAGUGUUUGAGAUGCCAUCAACUAUUGUGAGACACUUUUGCAUUUAGAGCCUGCACUUACCAAGUGGUACAAAAACUGACCCACUGAGUGUAUCUGCUAUGGAGGCAAGGUGCAAGCCUAUCAUCACUGGCUGUACAUGCAAUAAAGCCAUUUUUUUAUGUAUGAAUAGCUAACUUUGCUAUGUCGAAUACGUCUGAAGUUACGAACAUUUGGUCUACGAAGGCUCAAGACCUCAAGGUGCACUGACGGGACUUAUGGAGCUGCAAUUAUUAGCAAUGCAAGGGACAUCAGAAGUUUGAAUGACCACUGACUGGGAACAACAGGCUGUGACACAAAGGCUUACCUUAGUUGUGAGGGCAGUCUGAGAUUUCUUGUGAUAGCUGUGUUUGCUUUUUUACAGAGCUUCCAUUCAGUUUUUUCUUCUACUUUUCACUCGCUGUCCUGUGCUUUUUUCUGCCAUGUUGAAGUGUCAGCAUCCCUGUAAUAGUUCUGUGGUCUUUAUGCCAUCAAAGCUAUGUGUCGCCGAUAUAGCAUGUACUGAUACUGUUGUCAUACAUCGCAGUGACAAAAAUGCCAUAAGAGGCAUGGACACCAACCUAGGUUCAAAUAAACAUUAUGACAACUACAAGUCGGAACAGCAGCAUACAA